AUGGCAGCAGCAAAUAUCCCAGUCGGAUAUUAUACUCACCUCAACUUCGCCUUUGCAACGAUCGAUCCCACCACUUUCGAAGUCCAAGCGACGGAUGACACUAGCGAAGCCAUGAUGACCGACAUUCAGACGAUCCGCAAGCUCCAACCCGACGUGGAAAUAUGGAUUUCCCUUGGCGGUUGGAGCUUUAAUGACCCAGGUGCGACACAGACUACGUUCUCUGAUCUGGCAUCAACCGAGGAGAAUCAGGAUGCAUUUAUCAAAUCUCUCAAUUCAUUCAUGGCUACUUAUGAAUUCGAUGGUGUUGACCUUGACUGGGAGUAUCCGGUCGACACGGACCGCGGUGGCAGUGAGGAUGACUUUGACAACUUCACGGCCCUACUCAAGAAAGUCAAGCAGAAGGUCAAGGGGGCUGGAUCAUCCAAGGGCCUUUCAAUCACUCUUCCUUCGAGUUACUGGUACAUGCAGCACUUUGAUAUCGUGAAAAUGGAACCUUACGUUGACUGGUUCAAUAUCAUGUCCUACGAUCUUCACGGCACGUGGGACAUGCCUGACAAAAAUGUUGGCCCCUAUCUGAACGCCCACACCAACAUCACCGAGUUGCAAACGUCACUCGAUCUCCUCUGGCGAAACAACAUCGAUCCAGAUAAAGUUGUCCUUGGCAUGGCCUUCUACGGUCGCAGCUUUACAGUGGUGGAUCCGAGCUGUACCGAACCUGGCUGUGAGUACAUUUCUGCGGGUAACGCUGGAAACUGCUCCAAUACCGCCGGUAUCCUGUUGAACCCGGAGAUCAAAAACAUCAUAUCAGACAACAAGUUAAAGCCCACUUUGCACAAGGAUGCAGGAGUCAAGGCGUUAAGCUGGGAAAGCCAGUGGGUGGCAUAUGAUGACGAGGACACCUGGAAGCUCAAGGCCGAAUGGGCUAGCAAGCAAUGCAUCUCGGGGGUCAUGGUUUGGGCACUCAGUCAAGACGAUGAUAGCGCAUCUAACGCGAAGGCUCUCGUGUCCGCCGUUAAUCGGGAGGUGAUCGAGCCUGUCACCAUUGAGCCUGCGAAGAAAACAACCGUGACUACAUACACCAACUCAGUGAACAACAUCUGCCGCUGGACUGCAUGCGGCGAGAACUGCCCUAGCGGUUUCAAGGAGGUACCACGCGAUGGCACAGAGCUGAUGAUGACUGAUACCACCGGGUGCGUCAAGACAUCAGAUGGGAAACCACAGACCAAAUUUUGCUGCCCCGCUGACAAGAAGCAACCGACCUGCACAUGGCGCGGGUACCAUUCUAGUGGCGUCUGCAGCGCAGGCUGUCAUGAUGGUGAGGUGAAAGUUGGCACGCUCUCCGAAGGUUGCAAUAUUGGUCAUCAGGUUGCCUGCUGCACCAACGAAGAUGUCACUAAGCCAUACUCAAGGUGCGAAUGGGUGGGCACAUCGCCACUGUGCGCGGAAAAAGGCAAGGAUGCCGAGUGUGACAACAACUAUUCGGACAAACUUGUUACAUCCAGCAACGGAUUUGGUGGGGACAAGACUUGUGGGCCCGGUAGGAAGUCCUAUUGCUGUACUAGCAUUCCCGAUGAGUUCACGCAGUGCGCAUGGUACAGCCAUGGGAAAGCCAUCGCUGACGGGGUUCCCGACGAUUAUUACUGCGAGGCCGAUUGCCCUGAUGGGACGGUUCGACUGGCGAUGCACAAGGGCAGCUGUAAGAAGGGAUUCCAGGCUUUCUGCUGUAAGGGCAAGGCGCGGAAGAAGACGUUGACGGCGCGCAGUACCUAUGGGAAUCUGGAGUACGAAACGUUCGUACGCCUUUUGGAGGACUAUAUGAAGGCCCCGUAUUGCCCAGCGACGCAAGAAAGUGGUAUGGACUACUACUACGGAGUCCUCACAAAGCGAGACUCGUCUUCCAGCACUUGUUCGCCCACCAACUGGACACAGCUCAUGCAGUUGCUGUUCAUAUUGUUCCGCAGCGAUUUGACACCGUCGCCGCAAAUGAUCAGCGCUUAUAAUGAAGGCUUCGCUGACAACUAUGACUACCAGCUCACGUAUGGCAAUCUCACGACCACGGUGAUUGACACGCUCCAGAGCGGGUUCGAAGACUUCCGCGCGUGGAUCACUGACAUGAUGUUGAGUCCAAUCGAUGCAGGGCCGAUGAUUCGAGAAAUCACACAGGCUGAGGACGACUAUUGCUACGAGGAUGGGGAGGAAGAGGGAGAAGACGAUGGUUACCUUGACACGAGAGACCUCGAAGUCCUUGAAGAGCGACGCCUCAACCCCGUCGAAGGAACUUCGAACGUGGCUGCCCAGCAGGGUGCCCCAAGCGUGAUCACUAUCUUACGGGCCAUCAAUGAUGGCACCAUACCUCUAAACUACGCCCGUUGGAUUCACUACGGCGCAGCAACCGGUGCCCACCCCGAAGGGCCGACGCUAGAGUUGGCCUACUACCUUGGUACAGAGGAGGAGAUGGGCCAGUCAAACCCGCCAGAAACAGUCGAUUCCAACUUCGACCAGUUCAGAGAUCCCGCUCAGGGCACAGUUCCCGACCGCUUCGUGGUGUUCCACGUCCACUUUGACGCGAACCAUCCGACUUUGACGACGGGCGGCGGCCGCACCCUCCCCGCCACAUCCCACGUGAACAUCUUCCACGGCCGCUACACCGUUCAAGACGGACGAAACCUCCGUGUCUACAACCGUGAGACACGCACUCGUGGCGGCGGCCCUGGCCGCAAUGCUCGCAGUCCUGUUUUCGUGUGUCAUCGCCGCAGCAGAGACCGUACCUCCACCUGGUACCCGAUUGGGGCCCAGGUAAGACUCGCGGUUCUGAAUCGCCAGUACGGCCGCAACCGUUAUUCUGAUGUCUUCCAGACCUGGAUGCGGACAUUGCAGCUGGCGGGGUACUUUACCCCCGUGGUCUGGCGAAUUCCUUAUCCCAGUCUGGAGACUAUUGACGAUCAUACUGUGGACUGGACUCAGUUGGGUGCCUACCGAGGAGGUACAGAUAAUAGAGCGAUGGGAACGAGCUUUGCCAUGGAGAAUGGACAGCUUAACGAGAAUAUGCAUGUCCAUCAGUUCGAUCCGCCGUCUGGGGGCCACACGGAACUGAAGUGA